CGGCGAUGUAUUCCGGUAGGGAGAAUCCGAACGUAAACAUGGAGAAUCUUUUCCUUCAGAUCUUUGAUAGGAGUAGGCGAAUCGUCGAGCAGGUCAAUCAACAAGUAGAUCUCUUUGACCACCACUUAGCCUCCAAGUGCCUACUCGCCGGAGUUUCUCCUCCCCCGUGGCUCUGGUCUCCCUCUAUACCUUCCCAAUCUUCCGAGUUGAAUAAGGAGGAGAUUAUCUCUGGACUCCUAUUUCCUCAAUCAAGACGUUCCACCAUUUGCCCUAGCGGCCGUUUCUUUCCGUAUCAACGGCCCGUCAGUUUUCUAGCUGACAGUGUUGUAAGACAAGACCUGAGAUCUCUGGUGAAUAGCCGUUUGGAAGAGCAGGUGCUUGAAGAAGAAGAAGAACAACAUCACCUCUCAGACAACUUGGACAGACGCGUUUCUCACGAGACUGCGUUUCCUAGAGAUGUCGAUGUGGAGGAACCGUUGGCAGAAAGUGUGUCAAGCGGUUGCAGAGAGGAUCAAAGUUGUUUGUCUCGUGGACAAAGUCAGAAUCAGGGGGUUGAAAAUGGUCUUGAUGCUGCUACAUCUCCUGGACGUAGCCAAGGGAAAAUGGUUGCUAAAAGUGUAUCAACUACUGGUUGUAAGCGGAAACUAUCAUCUCUCGGAUAUUGUCAAGAUCAAACUGAACCAGACAGUUGCUUUGAACCUAGACUACCGGUACCGCUUGAUAAGAUUCAGAGAUCGAAGUCACGUCAAAAAGAUUUUGAGCGUCGGAGUAGUGCCAAAGCUUCCAGAAGCCGUUCAAACUGUAGCAAUGAGCUCAAACCUUCUCCAGGUGGAAAUAUAGGCCUUGAGAUUGCUUCUUUAAGGUCCGACAGUGUUAGGGAAAUAAAUUUAUUUAAGCAUGAUGAGAAUGAUGAAGGUUGUCCAGACGAAGUAGAGAACAGGAGUUCUCAAGGUAAAGGAGUGGAUCAGUGUAUUAAUUUUAGCUCAACUUCAGAGUCUUCUACCCCACAUCAGAAAGUGGUUUCGGUGCAAAAAGCUACCAGUGGAGAUACUUCUGCUUCUAUUUUACCAAAGUCUAUACUCGAGUCUGUUCAUGUGAAUGAAAUGAGUGUGACACAGACCAGUGAGACAAUUGAUGAAGUGCCGAUUAAAGUGGAUGAGAAAUUGGAUGAUCCCCACAGCAGAAGUUGCAAAGAAAUAGCUUAUUUCGAUGGAGGUACAAGAUCUAAAAGCUCAUGCCAAGAUCGCUCUAACAGGGAACAUCAAAAGUCUAGCAACUCUGUUUCGGAUAGCAUUCCAUCAAGAAAUUCAAAUCCCUCUCACAGGGCAGAUGAUGGAGUAGAAUUACCCCUGGUAAUACCUCGUACUAAUGAAGAUUCUAUGGUGACAGACGCGGGAACGAGACUCUUUCAGUCUGAAAUCAAAACAAGAUCACGCAGCAAUGCACGAAGUUAUGAAUUAAAGACUGAGCAUUCAGGCUCUGUUAAGUCUUCUUCAGUUGACCUGGAGCCAAGACAUUCGAUUUCAUUACUGCAAGGUGGCGAUGCAAAGGAGUUACUGAUUCCCUCGACUAUUGAUGUUGAAGGCUUGUUGGUUGAAGAUAUUGUCAGCAACGAUCUAGCAAAAGAAAAGGGUGAAGGUGUAAAAGAGUCACUGAUUCCCGCUACAAUCGAUGUUGAAGAUAGUAAUUCUCGAGGAAAGAGAUCCAAGACCGAGCAUUCAGGCUCUGUUGUGUCUUCUUCAGUUGUCAUGGAACCAAGAGAUUCAAUUUCAUUACUGAAAGGUUGCGAAGUAAAUGAAUCGCUGAUUCCCUCUACUGCUGAUUUGGAAAGAUUGGUAGUGGAAGAUAUUACCAGCUACAAUCAAUCAAAAGAAAAGGGUGAAUGUGUCAAGGAGUCACUGAUUCCCUCGACUAUUGAUGUUGAAGGUUUAGCACUUGUAGAUAUCACCAGGAGCGACCAAUUAAAAGGAAAGGGUGAGUGUGUUGACACUAACAGAUGUUCAAGUGCUGGAAGGGUCAGCCAAAAUGGCGUAUCCAUAGAUGAGACGGCAUUUGCGACUGCAACUGAAGACUCUAUACCCAAGACCGAGCUUUUGGGCUUUGAUGAGUCCUCUCCAGUUGAACUUCAGUGGAGACAAUCAGUUACUGGUGAAGCUUUAUCAGUGGAGGAAGAUAACGCUGGUGAGGCAACUGAAGUUAGCAGUAUCUCAAAAUCUAGAAGUGUAAGCGAAACUGACAUCACGGUAGUUGAGCAAGCGGUGGUUGAAUCUAUUCUUCAGGAAAGCGGUACUCCAGAAAACUUGACUGAGCAUUCUAAAAAAUGGGAUAUUAGUUGUGUGUCCAAGGAGCAGUCACAGGGUUCAUUGACCAAAGCAGGGAGUAGCCAGUGCCAUGUGAUAUUAAGUAGGCCAAGAAGCUCAGCCAUUGAAGAGGAAUCAGCAAAUGAAUCUAAUGCUCUUUCUGUUGGCUUUGAUAGUAAAUCGGCUGACGAUAGGCUUGAAGUUAGAGCAGGAAACGCAUCAUUAAUAACCCAUGAUCUCCCAGCUUUUGUGAAGCCUGAUACACCCUGUUUUGAUGAUAAUGUAGAACAAAGCUUGGAUGAAAUUCCAAUGAAUAAUCGAGAAAAAUCUGCAUGGCGGAAGGUCCCAACACCAUCAUCUGCCGCAAGGUUGUCCGAAGUUCCAUCUCUCACUGAUUCUGAAGUAAAUCUCUCGGCAGACAAUAAAGUGAAUGACAUAGAAGAUCAUAAUGGCUUAAAGAAAGAAAUGGUAUCAGAAAUGGAAUCGCCUGCAAGCCAUACUGGCUUAAGAAUGGGAGAAAAUGAACCUCCAGAGUCAAAUACAUUGGCUGGUCAAGUAGAUUCAUCGAAAAACACACCUCAACUGGGAACAUCCGUUGACAAAAGUGUUCCCCCAGUUGAUAGAAAUGCAGCAUAUACAGAAACAGGUGAAUCUCAUGGUCAAGAGAGCUUUAUACAGAAAAUUUUCUGCUCUAAUUCCUCCAUGGAGGAGUUCCAACUGCAGAAUAAGCGGAGAAGAACCCUGGCAAAACUAACUAGUGAAGAGCCUUCGUCAAGCCCAGGGGGAGACAUUUUCGACUCAGAUUCUGCUAGGGACACAGUACAUCAUAGUGAGGAAGCAGCAUGUUACCUCAAUCACUAUGAUGUCGAGUUACAGAAGAUAGUUGGAUCUGCAGAUCACUAUGAAGUUGAGUUACAAAAGAUGAUUGGGUCUGCAUCGUCAGCUGAGUUGCGAUUUGAAGAGGGUUACUUAUUCAAGGAAGCUGGAUUGAUGAGUCCUGCUUCGCUUUCCAUCAGACCAGAACAGCUAAGUGUAGAGAGGAGUCAUUAUGCUGCAAAUCAGGAAUUGCAAACAGAAAAUAUGGACUUUUUGCCGUUUCUUGGAGAAACCUCUCACCCAUUUGCUAGUGCCGAUGUCCGCAGUUCAGAUUAUUCUCAUUGUUUACCAUCCUUCGGUUUGUCAGGAGCAGUCGAUGGAAGCCCCCCUAUUCUGGAGGGCUUUAUUGUUCAAACCGAUGAUGAAUGUCAAAGUGAUUACAAAAACCAGAUGAAACAUGACAGCUUCCAACUUCCUAAAACCACAGCAGAAAGUGCAACCAUCAUAGAGACGAUUCGCAAGUCUGCUUGCAGGACCACUCCGUCAUUACAUAUGGCUAACAUGUUUAAGAUCAAUGGAAAACUGGACUUGGAUCAGUCCAUUUCAACUGAGCUGCUUGAUGGCAUGUUUUUCGAUCAGAAUUUGGAGAAUAGCUCUGUCUUUGAUAACUUGGGGAUUAACCAUGACUAUACAGGAAACAUCAACUAUCAUGCUGAUACUACGUAUCCUCGUUCGUCUCCAACUGGGAAGUUGUGGUAUAGAAGUUUGCAAAAAUCUUCCAGUUCAGAGAAGCAGGGCAGUCAGACACCAGACCUACCUUGCAUUAGCGAAGAGAAUGAGAGCGUGGAUGAGGAGCCUGAAAACUUAUGUCCCAACAGUCCAAAGUCUAUAGGGUCAGAGAAGCGAGGAAGUUAUAUUGCAGACCUUCCUUGCAUAGCUGAAGAGAAUGAGAAAGAAGAUGAGAUAUCAGAAGCUGCCAGUCAAGUAUUUGAUUCCAAAAGUGGGAACGUCUCUGCUGAAAAGAAGACUCUUGCUGAUGUUGAUGAAGACCCUAUGAAACUUCUUCAAUCCGUCUCUAAAGCCAUGAUUCCUGUUGAUAGACAGAGCCUAGAUUCUGUCACAUUUAGCUUUUCUGCUACAUGCAACAACAGUGUCAAAAGUAAAGCAGAAAUGAAGAAGGGUGGUAGCCGAAGAUUCACGGGUAAAGGUAAAGAGAGUCAAGGUCGAGCAGACCCUGGAAGAAAUCUUAGACCGCCUAGUAGCAGGUUCAGUAAGGCUAAGUUGUCUUGCAACUCGAGUUUGGCAUCGCUAGGGCCGCGAUUACAAGAUAAAGAACCUAGGCACAACAAUAUUGUUUCAAACAUCACUUCGUUCGUUCCACUUGUGCAGCAGCAGAAACCAGCAGCUGCAAUAAUCACAGGCAAGAGGGAUGUCAAAGUAAAGGCCUUAGAAGCAGCUGAGGCUUCGAGAAGGAUGGCUGAACAAAAAGAAAAUGAACGUAAGAUGAAGAAAGAAGCUAUGAAGCUUGAGCGGGCAAGGCUGGAACAAGAAAAUCUGAGAAAGCAGGAGAUGGAGAAGAAAAAGAAAGAAGAAGAGCGAAAGAAAAAGGAAGCGGAGAUGGCUUGGAAGCAGGAGAUGGAAAAGAAAAAGAAAGAAGAAGAGCGGAAGAGAAAAGAAUUCGAGAUGGCUGAUAAGAAGAGGCAGAGGGAAGAAGACAAGAAGUUGAAGGAAGCUAAAAGACAGCGAGUUGCAGAAAUGCAGAGACAGCAAAGAGAGGCUGAUGCGAAACUACAAGAAGCUGAAAAAGAACUGAAAAGAAAGGCUAUGGAUGCGAAGAUCAAAGCAAUGAAGGAACUUAAAGAAGAACAAGGUAAUGCUAGGAUCCGUGAAGUAAGAUUAAAGAGUAAUUCCAGCGACGAUACCAACGCAUCAAGAUCCUCGAGAGAGGAUGAUCUCAAGGUGAUAAGGAACAUAGGGAAAAUGUCUGAAGAGUCAUACGACAUCUCUCCAUACAAAUGCUCAGACGACGAAGAUGAAGAGGAAGACGACGACGACAUGUCAAACCACAAAUUUGUUCCUUCUUGGGCCAGCAAGAGCAAUAUACUCGACAGUGUCAUUUCCCAACAAAAUCGUGAUCCCGAUAUUACUUUCCCUGCAAAAAGCUUCCGCAAUAUAACCCAAGUUCUUUUGCCGAGAAAGUUCCGAACCCAGUUGCAUUAACUACGAGGAGCCAAACUCAGAUUCUCAGAGAGUGAAACUUUGUGUUUCAAGUUCCUUAGUAGCUUCAGCUUCAAGUCAGAUAAUAGUUUGUGUAUACACUUCUCUUUGUGCUUAACCUAUUGUAGCAAAUGACCCUAUUAUCAUAUUCGAAUCUUUCAUGAAGAUUCAUGUUUGCUUUUGUAAGGAUUAGUGGAUGGAUGUAAUGUAAUAAUUAAUUAGUCAUCCUAGUGGAAAGAGCCUGGUGCUGAAAGCAAGAGACUUGUUACAAUUUCGAUGUAACCAGGUUUUCACCAGUUGUACAUGUUUUUUUGUGUCAUUUUAGAACGAUCUCUGCUUUGAAAAAACCGAGUUCAUGUCUAAUGGAAGUCUUGA